UCUCGCCAUUUUCUUUUUACUUUCUCUUGACUGUGCAUCCAGCUAGUGUCUACACGUCUGCGUCAUCUAAUUUUUAUCAAAGAAUAUAUCCUUCUUACCUUGCUAUUUAGUUGAAAUAUAUCCAAAAUGCCUAACAGGGAAGAAUCGAGAGGAACCCAAGGACAAAAAAGGCCCAAUCAGCCGAUGAAUAAUCGUGGAAACGACAGUAAAGGAGGCGGUGAGGGAAGCGCAAAUUCGACUCCGAACAAGCCAAACGUCAAGCAGCAACACAAUCAGCCACAGAGUCAAGACAGGCACGACAGAAGCGGUGGUCAGCAUCAUCAACAUCAAUCUGGUGGUGAGAAACGUCACAGACCUCAAUUUCAGGGAAAUCGAAAAGACUAUCAGAAAGGAAAUGAUACACUCAAUCCUCUUCCAGAAUUUGAUGCAGGACCAAGAACGGAAAAGAAAUUCACAGGACGUUGCCGUCUUUUCGUUGGCAAUCUUGCAAAUGAUGUGUCAGAAUCAGAUUUCAAAAAGAUGUUCGAGAAAUUUGGAGAAGUGUCUGAAACAUUCCUGAAUAGCCAAAAAGGUUUUGGUUUCAUUCGUUUGGAUACAAGAUUAAAUGCAGAGGCUGCUAAAGCUGCCCUAGAUGGUACCCAACAGAAGAAUCGUACUAUCAGAGUUCGUUUUGCCACACAUGGAGCAGCACUUAGGGUAAAGAACAUCCCACCAAGCACAUCAAAUGAACUUCUAGAACAGGCAUUCUCAAUGUUUGGGGAGGUAGAGCGGGCCAUCGUGAUUGUAGAUGACAGAGGGCGACCGACAAAGAAUGGAAUUGUGGAAUUUUCACGAAAACCUGGUGCACAGAAUGCCUUGAACAGAAUUGGUCAAGGUGUUUUCCUUUUGACAGCGGCCCCAUUUCCUGUGACAGUAGAGCCUCUCGAACAGAAAGAUGAAGAGGAUGGAAACCAAGAGCGUUACAUCAUGAAGAACAGAGAGUACCAAAGGGAGAGAGAGCAACCACCACGUUUUGCCCAGCCAGGAACCUUUGAGUAUGAGUGGGGGCAGCGGAUGAAGGCCCUGGAGGAAGAAGAAAAGAUUAAGAGAGACAAUCUGGAAAAGAACAUCGAAGAGUCUAGGCUGAAGGUUAUGGACGAGAUGGAAAUUGCAAAGACAGAGCAUCAAGCCAUUCUUAUGCGUCAAGAGCUUGCACGUCGACAGGAAGAGCUUCAACGUCUAGAGGACCAACGUAGGGAGUUUGAAAUGAGGCGCAAUGAGCGUGACGAGCGAAGGCGUCAGGAAGAGAACUUGUACAGGCAGCAUGAAGAUGCCUUGAGACGUCGUCAGCAGGUCCAGCAGGAUGACAUGAGGCUCCAGCAGGAUAUGAUGAGGAGACAGCAGGAGGAGAUGAUGCAGAUGGAGGGCUCUAGACGCCCCAUGCCCGGAGUUGGUGGGCCCCAGCCCUUGAUGGCUGGUGGCUCAGGUGUUGGUGGUCCUCAGAGCGGUACAGACAUGUUGCCUCAACAAGUUCAAGGAGGUGCCGGGCGUCAGAGUAGGUUUGACCAACAGCCAGGCAGUGGCUUCAAUAACAACCAGAACCGUGGACCCAACCAAGGAGGACAAGGCGGCAACAAUGGAACCCCAACGCCCAACAGAGGUGGGCCAGGUGCCCCAGGAGUUCUUGGCAGCGCCCCAGGUAGCACUCCUGGUGGCAACCAACAGGGUGGACGUGGUGCCCAGCAGGGCGGCCGUGGCCAAGCCCAGGGAGGACGAGGCCCAGCCCAAGGUGGACCUGGAGCUAACAUGGCACAAGGUGGAGGACCAGGAUCCUAUGGCAGUGGUAGGGGAGGACCAAACCGCUCCCAGAUGGAUGAUGGAAGAGGAAGAAUGGCUGUUGAGCGAAGAGACGACCGUGGUGGCGACCGUGGCCGUAAUAUGGAACGCCGUGAUGACUACAUGGCCAAGCGCAUGCGUCGCUUCUAGAAUUUUUGGAAACUACCAUUGCCAUAUAGCAAACUUAUAUCAUUCUUCCUAGUAAGCUAUAUACAGUAGAUUUAGGAAACCAGUUGAAUUACGAAUUUCAAAGUUAUCCAUGUGCAGAAUGAAAAAAACAUAAUUACUGAUAUACAAGGAUUAACAUAAAUCCAUGCACAUGAUUAUGCAAAGGGAAAGGUCCUUGUAAAUACCAGUGAAAAUUUCUAAAUAACAUUGCAGAAAAUAAAAAAGAAUUAUUCAGGCCUUCCUAAGAUGCCAAAAGGAGAUCUGCAUUAAUUAUAUUCCAAUGUUCAUACAUUAUUUUUAGCACUAAUCAAGGAUUUCCACACAAGAAAUUUUUUGUUAACUUCCAGUUUUAAAAAUAAUUUUGUAUAUAUUUCUUGACAUACUUGCGUUUUAUUUUAAGAUUUUCUUUUUGUACUUUUCAAAUUGCCUGCAGUUCUUUUUCUAAAUAAUAUAAUUUUAUUGAUCAGAUAUGAAGUGAAAUCCUAUUACUAAGAUAUAUCAUUUUAAUCUCAUACAAACAGCAGUUGUAUAUAAUCAUUGGAAAAAAAAACAUAUUGAGCAGACCUCACAUAGUCAGCAUGUUCAUUUUUUAUAAACACCCCAAAAAAAUUGAUAUACUUUUGUACAUAGAAUUCUUGUGCUUUUCUGUAGAUCUCUAUGGUACCACACUGCGAUGAUUUAAGCUUUUGUACAGUAUACUAGUAUAUAACCAAGUAUGUUGAAAUGGCUACCAAAUUUGAUUGUUUUAUUUCUGGUGGCCUAGGAGGAUAGCGAAUUGAAAAAUUGAGUCUCAUUUAUUGUAAAAUAAUGAAGGGGAAAAGGAACUGCAAAAAAAUAUAUAAAAUGCAAAAAAAAAACAUGUAGAUGAAGAAAAUACCAUGUACAUUGAAUCUCCAGUGCUCAAGUCUGUUUUCUUGGUUGUGUUGAAUUUUUGUAAUUUGAUGGAUACAGAAUUAAUCAUGUUCUAAAGCAUAGUUACACGGAGCAACGUUGAAAUAAAAAAAAAAUUGUUGUGUUGAUUGGUAAACUCACUGUUCAUCAAUGACAGAUAUUUUAAGCUUUUAUUAUGGAAAAGAAAUCAAAGAUGUUAUGUGUUUUUAGCUGUUUUCUGAUGACCUUGUUAUGUAUCUUAUGGUUAUGCUUAUAAUAAAUAUGUGAAACUUUGUGAGAUGAA